GCGGCUUUAACCUUGCUUUGCCGGCGGGGCAGCCCGCGCGUGGCGUGCACAAUGCCGCAACGGCGCCUCGACGCCAUGGCGCCGCGUGUGAGGGCGCUACUCGCCUCGGCGACGUGCUGGAUGUGCUGCUGGCCCAUGGGCUCCAGCAGCCUCGGCGGCGUUCUCGGAGCCGCGGGCUGGGGCCACGAUAGGCAACGAGGCCACGAACGAGCCACGAUGUCGUGGGCUUGUUUCGGGCGCGGACGAUGGAGGCAACUCGUCGACGCGCGGGCUGCGCCCGCGGGUCGAUAACAUCACCUCCGCGGCUUGACCAUGAUGGUCAGGCCGCGGUCGUGUUUGUUUUGUGAUGUUGCCCCUGUAAAACGACCGCUCGCGAGCCUGGCUCGUGGUCGUCCCCAACCCCCUAAAAAGUCCUAGUGUGUGACACCACUAGCUCAGCUGAACCAUCUUUGGUGGAACGCUGCGUGCGAGCUCAUAUCUGCCUUUAUCGCUGCCGGUGAAGCAGCGUAACGGUUGCACGCGUCCCCGGUAUCGCCGCUCUCAAGUCGCAACGAUCUAUAAGGGCCUUUGCUGGCUGAUAGCUGCAAAACAGGUCCCAGAGCACCAGUGCUCAAACUCGCGCAGCGGUCGACGACGAGCGUCCACACGCUGCCACGCGUUGCAAGCUCGGAUCACUGGUGCCGCUGCGUGCCGACGCUGCGUUACUUUACGCCGAAUUGAGUCCGAGGCGCCUCGAGGCCGCCACGGCCCACGAAAACACCUUCAGCGGCCACGCACGCACGCGUUCGUCGACCCCGGCAGCAUGCCGCCCAAGAAGCGCAACGGCAAUCAACGGCCGUUGGGCCUGCUGCUUGCGGCGAGUAGAACAAAAGUCGAACGAAGCAUCGAGCAGCAGCGCGAGGCGAUUGAGGCGGAGUUCGGCGGGCCGACGGAGCUGCUGCCCCGCGGUCACGCGGACUUCUUCACGCGCAUGGACGCGUCGAACGUCGACGACGUGCCGCUCACGGGCCUCUCACAAGAAGACCUGGCCGUCAUUUGUAAGGGCGACGGCGGCCGCGGCACGAACCGCACGGCCGUGCAAAUGUACCUCCGGGACCGGCUCGCGCGCGCCGCACAGCCGGACGAGACCGACGCCAAGGAAGCGAAGCGCGCCAAGUUACGGGAGGACGGCGAGCUCGACCUCGAGUUCCCGGACGACGACGACGCGGCGCGGGAGGCCAAGUGGCGCGAGGCGCUCGUGGACCCGGCGUCGUUCGAAUUGAAUAUGGGCAGGGACGACUUCCUCGAGCGCACCGGCGGCGGAGGCCGGGCGUUCUGGGACCAGCUCCGCCGGGAGCGGCAAGAUGCUAUGGUCGCGGACGCCAAGGCGCGCGACGAAGUGCGGUCCUCGCAGCGCGACAGUACUCGCACAGUGUCCGCGAAGCGCCUUCGACUCGAUGCGACCGCCGAAGUACCUCUACGCCAUCGACACGACGUGCUCGACUGCGUGGCCCUCGUCCACUGGUCGACGUCCCCGCAGGCACGCCGACGGACUUCUAUCAUCCAGAUGACUACAAGAACGAGCACGACGGCCAGGUGCCCUUUGGCAACCCCAGCGGCGUGAGGGGCGAUUACUGGGGCUGGGGCGACGCUAGGUGCGAGGCCAUCUUCGAGGUCUUGUUGGAGAAGAUGUCGAAGGAGGAGUGGGCCCUGUUCGGGACGGAGUUCAUCGAGAUCGCCUGGACGGACGGCAUGUCGCGGGAGAUGAAGCUACGGGGCCUCAUGGACACGCUGAGUCGGUGUCUGACGGUCGCCGCGGAGACGACGCGCCAGCACGUGAUGAUGGCGUGCUUCCCGAGUCCGAGACCUUCAGCCUGGAACGGUAGUGUCGCGUCGACCUUCACGCCAUCGACGCGACGCGUUCACGCCGACUGUUUGGUCGCGCAGGCCAAGGAGAAGCUCGAGGCCGAGCUGCGCAAGGAGCGCGCGGCGCAGCUCGCCGCCGAGGCGAAGGCGCCGUCCCCGCGGCGCGCGCCGCUCGGCGACGUGAACGCCGUCGCCGCGUCGGCAGCGGCGAUCUGCGGCGACGCGCGCGGCGCGCUGCCCGUCGGCGGCGGCGCGGCGCCGGCCGCCGCUUUAGUUGAGGACGCGACGAUGCGCGCCGCGCCGCUCGCGGCGCGGCGCGUCGUCGCGGCUUCGGCGUUUGGCGGUGCUGCGGGCGGCGACGUGCCGCCCGAGAAGCCCCGCGCCGAUCUACUCGAUGGUGCCCGCGCGCUCGACGCUUUAGAUGAUCCGACGGCGGGCGCCUCUGACGACACGUUGCGCUCGCUGCCGUCGCGCGCGCUCCGCGCGCUUGCUGCUUCGGACGCCUCGGCGUCUUCUCAGCGCGACGCGCCCCUCUCUUCUUUAGAUGGUGCCGGUCUGACGCGCGGUGCGGCUGAAUCGGCGGCCUUCGGCGGCUCGGACGCGCCCAUGCCUCCACUGCGGCGCGCCGGCGACGAUGAUGAUGAUGACGACGACGACCCCCUCACGGCGGCGGUGCGCAAAGCCGAGGCGGAGCCCGAGACUCCAGAGGCUCGGGAGGCCCUGAACGAUCUACCUCCGGGGAAGACGCCUUCGAGCUGCCUCGGCGCCCUGUUACUACGCUUCAAUUUAUUUGCGGUCAUCAAGGGGACGUGCACGGUCGGCGGGGGCUCUAUGAUUGACGAUUUGGAGAAGCUGGACGAGAAGAACCGGUCGAAGAGUAGCAAUGGCAUUAGAUUUUACAUCUACAAGAUCCUCAUGUUCGCGAUGCAGAUGGCUCUCAUCUACGGGAAGGUCUGCUUCGAGAAGGGUAUCAGCAUCUUCCGGUGCGUCUUCGGCCGCUACGCCCUCGCAAGGAUCUUAUGGGUCGGCAGAAAGACGAUGCUGGACGCGAUGAAGAUGAAAUUGCCGCUGCUCUGGGUUCCUUUGGAGAUACGAGUCGAGGACCUGCGCAAGCUGCCGUCGUGGGUCCGCGCCGUGUUUCCGCGCGGCUUGUACUUCGAGUCGACUGCUGUGAUCUUGAACCUCCUCAAGCGGUCGAACGGCUUGUUCUUCGACUGCAAGUGCUUGCUCUGGUCCAGCGUCGCCUGCGUCGCCGCCUCGGGCUCGGCGCUCGCGCUCACCACGGCCGGCGUCGCACCCGGCACCCUCGUCGUCGCGCCGCGCCGCGCGAAGCGCUCGCGGGCGCUCGUGCCGUCUUCGGCGGCGGGCGGCUCUUCUGAUGCGGUGUCGUCGCUCUUUUCGGCGGGCGUCGACUACAAGCAGAUCGACUUCUCCUCGCCCCCGACGUGCGCGCGGCGCGGCUCGGCGCUCCUGUCUUCGCAGCUCGGGUUCCCGCCGCUCGCGGUGUCGGUGCCUUACUUCUGGAUCCGCUUCCACAAGCCGAACUCUUCGAAGCUCACGGAGUGGUUCCUCGUCGACGACUUCGCGACGGUCAUGCCUAAGCUCAACGUGUCCAGAUGGGACGCCAUGCCCGCCUGGGUCUUCGAGUCCAAGACGCUGCGCGCGCUCGCGGCCGGCGCGGCCCUGAUCUUCCGCGGGAUGGACAUCCGCGACGUCACGAAGUCGCCUUCUUCGCUCCUGGAGGUCUUUGACCCGACCGUCCACUGCAAGGGCAACUGGACCUACACGAUCUGGGCGGGCGUCGACUUCGUCAUCUUGCUGCCGGACGGCCGCGUGCUCGACAAGCGGCUCUUCCUCCUCGAGCUCCUCAAGGCGCACGCGGAGGACGCGGCCUGA